AUGGCCACAAAAGGAAAAGAAGUUGUUCCGACAGACACGACAGAGAGACUUUCCAAGCUACGCGCCUUGUUCGAGCAGGACAAAUAUAACCUUAACGCAUAUGUAAUUCCUUCAGAAGAUGCCCAUCAGAGUGAAUAUACGGCACCAAGCGAUCAACGUCGUUCUUACAUUUCGGGAUUCACUGGUUCAGCUGGGUUAGCAAUAGUGAGCAAACAAAGUGCCGCCCUAUUUACCGAUGGACGAUACUUUCUUCAAGCAAGAUUGCAAUUAGACGCGAAUUGGACACUAAUGAAACAAGGGUUACCGGAUGUGCCGACCUGGCAAGAAUAUUUAGUGCAGAAUUUUGCCAAUGGAUCUAGAAUUGGAAUCGACCCUACAUUAAUAACUUUUUCUGAAGCUAGAAAUUUAUCCGAAUCUUUGGAAAAAGUAGGCUCAACAUUGGUGGGCACGGAUGACAAUUUGGUUGAUAUUGUGUGGGGUAAUGAUAGGCCUACUCCACCUGCUAAUCCUGUUACCGUGCUGGCAUUAAGAUAUUCGGGUCGUUCGCAUACCGAUAAAAUUGCUAAUCUUCGAGAAGAAUUAACAAAAUCGAAUGUGUAUGGUUUUGUCAUCACGGCGUUGGAUGAAGUUGCUUGGCUUUUCAAUCUUCGUGGCUCCGAUGUUCGAUAUAACCCCGUGUUCCACGCAUACUCGCUUGUGACCAAAAACGACAUUACCCUAUACAUCAAUGAAAGCAGAAUGGCUAAUGAAGCGAAGUUUCAUCUUGGCAAGGAUAUCAAACUUUCUCCAUAUUCUGCUAUUUUCGAAGACUUGAAAAAUUUACAACCAAAAUUAAAAGAAGAAAAACAGGCAAGCUCAUUUAUUAAUUAUCAUCGUUUCGUUAUAGUGAAGAAAGUCUUGCUUUCAAAUAGGGCAAGCCUGGCAUUAGCUAAGGCAGUUGGUGAGAAUAAUGUCGAAGAAAAUCGGUCUCCUGUACAAGACGCCAAAGCAAUAAAGAAUGAAGUCGAGUUGGAGGGAAUAAGACAAUGUCACUUGAGAGAUGCUUCCGCAGUGAUAAAUUAUUUUGCGUGGUUGGAAGAGGAGCUCGCCGCUGGAAGAGAGUUAACCGAGUUGGAUGGUUCAACACGCCUUGAACAAUUUAGAGCCGAAUUAGAAAAUUUUGUGGGACUAUCUUUUGACACAAUUUCGGCUUCUGGACCAAAUGGAGCUAUCAUUCACUACACACCGGAACCAGGAAAAUGCGCGAUAAUUAAUCCAUCUCUUUUGUACUUGUGUGAUUCCGGUGGUCAAUACAGAGAUGGCACAACCGACAUUACUCGUACAAUUCAUUUCGGUACACCAACUGAGCAAGAAAGACGAGCUUUUACUCGUGUAUUGCAAGGUCAUAUUGCUAUUGAUCAAGCUAUAUUCCCACAAGGAACUACAGGUUUUAUUUUGGAUGUUCUUGCUAGGUCAUCUCUAUGGAAAGAUGGUUUAGAUUUUCGACAUGGCACUGGUCAUGGUGUUGGUCAUUACUUAAAUGUCCAUGAAGGACCCCAAGGAAUUGGUACUCGUAUCGCAUACAACGACACCCCAUUCCAAGCAGGCAUGACCGUAACUGAUGAACCUGGAUACUACGAAGACGGAAAGUUCGGUAUCCGCAUCGAAUCACUGCUCAUAGUUCGUGAAGCGAAAACGCCAAACAAUUUCGGCGAUCGGGGAUACCUCGGUUUCGAACAUGUGAGCAUGGUCCCAGUUCAAACAAAACUGAUCGAUAAAUCACUGCUGAGUCCGGCCGAAGAAAAAUGGGUCAAUGAUUUCAAUGCAGAGUGUCUCGCAAAGGUUAGGCCUUUGCUGAAGCCUAAUAGUCCUGGAUUGAAGUGGUUGGAAAGGGAGGCUGUUAGCUUGAAAUGA